AUAAUUUUUACAGACUGUAUUUUUUAUUUUUUCUAAAAUGUGUUAAUAAUACAAAAAAAUUAAAGAGGAUUAAUAAGUUGAAAAUUUACUUUUAGACACCAUAUUUUAACAAAUUUGUAAGAUGAGACUUACAAAUUGUUUAUGGAAUGCAAAAAAAGUUGGUGAAAUGACAAAGAAAUAUGCAAAUUUACCCGAGUCUUAUAUUGAUCGUAGUAUGGAACAAGUCGUAUGGAAAACACCUAGGAAUAAUCCUCGCUACCUACCAAGAACUGUUAAAAAAAAGAAAUUCUAUUUUGGUCAAGAGAGACCAUGGACAUAUGCUUUUGCUAAUCAAAAUUCUAUAGGAGAAGUUAAAUCCAAAGUAUUUGUAGAACCAAUAAAGAACUGGUCCUUUUUUAAAGGAGAUAGAGUAGAGAUUUUAGUUGGUCCAGAUAAAGGUAAACAAGGAAUUGUUGGACAAAUCAUUCAAGAAAGAAAUUGGGUUAUUGUUGAUGGAUUAAAUUGUGAGCUAGAAGAAGUAAGUCAUUAUCAGGGGCAUUUAUCAAUGGUUCAACAAAAAGAAAAACCAUUAUUAGUAACUAGUGAAGUAGCACUGGUAGACCCAUCUGAUUUACAAGGAUGCAGUGUAGAAUGGAGAUUUACUGAAAAUGGUGAGAGAGUGCGUGUAUCUACAAGAACUGGAAAAAUAAUUCCAAUUCCUUCCAUGUCAAUUGAGACUUACGAUUAUAAGACUCCCAAAACUUAUAAAGAGUCUGAAAAAGAUACAACUGAAGAUUUAUUGACUAAAAUUACAUUUGAACCUUUAUUAAAAACUUUUGAAAUGGAAAUAAUGGAUAAUAUGGGUAUAAAAGAAGAUAGAAUACCAGCACCCACAUUCUGGUAUUAAUUAUGAUUUAGUAGUUGUUAAAAGUUAUGAGCAUUCUAUAAAAAUUAUAUAUAAUGAAUAGUUAAAUCAUGAAUUUAAUUCAUGAUUAAUGUAUUUGGUAUAAUUAAAAGUUCAAAUACAUACCAAUAUUUCAAUACUAAAAGUUAAUUUUAAUAAAAAUGUUAUUGAUAUAAUUAUGUCAAUAAAUCAGUUUUAAAAUUGAUACAA